UACUACGCCACAUCCAUACACUGCACGCAGGUGGAUUUUAGCUAGCUCAACAGUGCUAUUUACAAAUAAACGGUGUACACUGGAAACGACGAUAGCCUACAAGAUAGCGGUAUGAGAAGAAGACAAAGAGGGCAAGUUAGUGGGACAUUAGCUAAUUAUUUAACAUGACCAGAUGUUUAAAUAGCAACUAGGAACAACUGUUAUUAACGUGAGAUUGCAAGAUUCCCAGCUUGGCAGCAGGUCUUCAGCUACUGACGGAUAUCAUACAUCUCCAAACAGUCUGGACUGACACACAGAUCAAAUGACUUUGCACUUUGUGUGUAGGUCUGUGUCUACAAAGUGUUAGACCAACCAUAUAGUCUGAUUCCACUGGGGGUGUGCAUAUAUCAGCAACAUGCCCCUGUCAGACUUUCUGGACAGCCUGAAGGACAACCCAUACUUUGGGGCUGGGUUUGGACUGGUUGGGGUUGGGACAGCGCUGGCAGUGGCCAGGAAAAGCGCCCAGGUGGGAAUGGUCUUCUUCCGCAGGAACUACAUGAUCACUCUGGAGGUCCCCAGCAGGGAUAAGAGCUACCACUGGCUGCUGAGCUGGAUCACCAAGCACGCCAAGCACACUCAGCACCUGAGCGUGGAGACCUCCUACCUGGCGCAUGAGAGUGGAAGGGUUCACACGCAGUUUGACUUCCACCCAAGCCCUGGGAAUCACAUUAUCUGGUAUGGGAGGAAGUGGAUCAGGGUGGAGAGGACCAGAGAGAAGCAGAUGGUGGAUUUGCACACUGGAACCCCGUGGGAGUCUGUAACUUUCACUGCUUUAGGCAGAGACAGACAAAUUUUCUUUAACAUCUUACAAGAAGCAAGAGAAUUGGCUCUGAAGCAGGAAGAGGGACGGACAGUGAUGUACACAGCCAUGGGUGCAGAGUGGAGGCCCUUUGGGUUUCCACGGCGACGCAGACCCCUCAGCUCUGUGGUCCUGGAGGCUGGCGUGGGUGAAAGGAUCGUAGAUGAUGUGAAGGAGUUCAUCGGAAACCCCAAGUGGUACACAGACAGAGGCAUCCCCUACAGAAGAGGAUAUCUGCUGUAUGGCCCCCCGGGGUGUGGAAAAAGCAGCUUCAUCACGGCACUGGCAGGCGAGCUGGGCUACAGCAUCUGUCUGAUGAGCCUGAGUGACCGAACCCUUUCAGAUGACCGUCUGAACCACCUCCUGAGCGUGGCACCGCAGCAAAGCAUCAUACUGUUAGAGGAUGUAGAUGCAGCCUUUGUCAGCCGAGACCUGCUUCCCACAGAGAACCCUCUGGCCUACCAGGGAAUGGGAAGACUGACUUUCAGUGGCCUGCUUAAUUCUCUGGACGGAGUGGCUUCAUCUGAGGCCAGAAUAGUUUUUAUGACCACCAACUUCAUUGAGAGGUUAGACGCAGCACUGAUCCGACCCGGCCGUGUUGAUCUGAAGCAUUACAUUGGGCACUGCACUCACUGGCAGCUUACGCAGAUGUUCUGGCGGUUCUACCCAGACGAGCCUGCCUCUGAGGGGGAGCGGUUUGCGGAGCGUGCGCUGGCCACCCACUCUGAGAUCAGCCCUGCCCAGGUGCAAGGACACUUUCUGCUGCAUAAAAUGGACCCUGCAGGAUCUAUAGACAAUGUUGCCCAAAUAAAAGACUAACAGGAUUGGAAGGUGUUUGGAUACUUGGAGAUUACUGAAUAAAGAGAAACAUGAGAAACAUU